UGUUUUCAUCUUUGAACGAAACUACUCAAACUGUCUUGUGGCUGAUGAGGAACAAUAUGCACCAGGAUGCAAGUCAGUGUAAACUGACUGUGUCAGUAAUCUGGUCGCUGGAUUGAACCGAGAUUUUGGCUUCCGUUCGACAUAUUGCAAUCUCAUUGGGAACCAUGAUGAUGGAUCUCCCACUCGCAGAUAUUUUCCAUCGAGUCAUUUCGUCAAAACAUCCUACUGAAUUACUGACCUGUCUAAAGUGCGAUGGAGGUACACCGAAAUGUUCCACUUGCAAUGCGGUAUACUUCACUGCCUGCUCGUACGAUACAACCCCGGAGCCGCGGAAAUCUGUGACCAGGAGGGACGAGUCCACGAUGUCACCGGAACGUUCGGAGGGUGGGCUGGAAACGCAAUGGAGUCCUUCGGAUUUGCAUUCCAUGUUUCUCCCAGAAGGCGUUCUUGACCAUGAAAGUCGAGAGUCAAGACGACGAGAGUCACAGGUCCCCGCUGCACAAAUAUCCCCUGGUUCUUGGACCAAGGUCACGUCAGACGUGUACUUCAUUCAGAAUGCACUAGACCGAUACUUUGCGAACGCGUUCUAUACGUUACUUCUAAGGAACAACUUCAUCCAGGAUUUCCAAUCUGGCUCGACCAUCCACUGCAGUCCCAUCCUUGUCAAUGCCAUUUGUGCAUAUGGCUGUCGCUUUGGGGAAUCUGGACAGACGGACUAUGCAGUAGCUAGCGACCAGUUCUUCACUGAAGCGCAACGGCUACUGUUCGAAGACAAAACGCCGCGUUUGACUACUGUGCAAGCAUUGGCUGUCAUGGGACUCCGCCAAACUGCGUCGAGCAACGAGAGUAGUGCUUUUCAGUUCAUCGGACGAGCAAUGCGAAUGGCCAUCGAUUUGGGCCUCCACCAGCAAGAGAAGGGCUCACCUCCUUUGUCUUCAGAUCAAAAUGAUACGUUGGCACGCAGAGUGACGUUUUGGGGAUGCUACUGCUUGGAUGUAACGUUGUCCUUCUGGUUCUGCCGUAUACCACAACUCGCUUCAUCAGUAGUCGGUGCCGAGAGACUACUUGGAUCCUCUUCUCCGUCGAACAGUCCUACAGCGUCUUAUGGCAGAAUACAUGGCGCCCUAUCCACGGCUCAAUUGAACUCAAUUGGUCCUGAACUUUUAUUUCUCGAUGCUCUCAGCCAUUUUUGCGAUUUGAUGAAUGAAACCGCAUCCAUACUAUUCAGUCCUCAAGAAAAACUUACUGCUUCUCGAUUAUUAAACCAGCACAAGAAAUACCAAGACUGGAUGCGCGAGCUCCCCGAUACAUUACGACUGCACGAACAUGCUAUUCCUCCUAUCUAUAUCCUCCACAUGCUUUUUUUGACUAUGACGACCAUUGUCUAUCGUCCGCUUAUCAAUCUUGCAAAUAACGAACAGUCCGCUCUACAUGGCGUGGAUUACAAAAAUAUGUCCAUAAGUACUGCCAAUGAGAUAGUCACCAUGGCGGUUAAAUUCCGAAACAUGUUUCCCCAUCUAACAUUUCCUCCCCUACUACCGCACAUCUUCCUCUCCACCGCAUCAACACUUCUACUCGAACCCGGCCCAGAACCACCGUUAUCAUAUAUCACCCGCGAGCUAGCAACCAUGUCCGGAACCGAACCGACCGCCUUGAACGCUUUCCAUCGACUUCAAUCACUCGCCACCGCGCACAGCAUCCGUCUCCCCGACCUCGCUAGCUUUCCUCAACUCAUCAGACCUCCCUCUCACCAAGGCCCUCGCUCCCGCGACUCUCCGGCCACCUCCAACGAUGUCCGGCCACCGCUCACACGAAGCUCACACAGUUCGUCAACUGCUAGCACAGGCCCGCAUACGCCCCCAGACCUUCAUUACCAUCAUGACGUCUCCCUUCCACCUUUUCGCCAAAUCGCGAAUUCGUCUCUAAAGCCAUGGCCAGACAACCCGACCUCAAGGCUACUGAAUCAACAUUCAUACGCAACGUUGCACCAGCUACCACAGUCAAGGACAGAUAUCGGGGGCGCCACCAACUCGUUGGGGUUGAACGGAGACACUUCAGACGCAAACCACCGUGGGUCGCGGCCAAGUGGGUCGGAUCUCUCCAUCUCAGUCGCCGCGGUGAUCGGUCUCCCCAAAGGAACGCGGCCCCCGAAUUUGCAGCGACCACCGAUCUACCCACCGACAUCAAGAAGUCCCGAUGUGGAGAUGGGGGAAACGGACAGCCAAAUUUCGAGGAAGCAGAGCGCGAGCAGUAAACGGAUGGAUUUGAGGGGGAUGUUGGCGGAUUGAGGAUGGGAUGAGAGAAUACGCGCACACGACUUCAACUGAUUUAUGAAAUGGGGUGCAGAUGGAUAGGAGACUUGGUUUUGGGCAUACAUGGAGGCACUGAUCUAAGCAACAGCUCGCGAGAUAACGAGCACGUUAUUACUGUACUAUUGAAUGGUUUAUAUUAGAAUAUUGGCUGAAUACAUGCACAGCUAAGCAUU